AUGCCGGAGGACGCAUACAAAAUCAGCUGGGGCGACUUCGAGUGCAUCGAGCCCAUGGGGGCGGGCCUGUCCCCUCGCCUCGGGGGGCGAGAAUUCAAGGCCGCCUGGUUCGGUACCGAGGUGGCCAUCAAGGAAGUGAGCGGCCUCGAUGGUCAGGAGGAGGACGCCCUGUCGGCCGCCCUCGAGGAGUUUCUUACCCUCAAAGAAAUCCGGCACCCCAACAUCGUGCACUUCAUUGGGGUGUGCGAGACGGAGAGCAAGGUGUACACCAUUUCGGAGCACCUCACAGACAACGUGUACCGGCUCCUGCACGACCCUUCGGCCGAUCUCCCAUGGCGGCGGCGCAUCAAGAUCGCCCUCGAGGCCACACUCGCCCUCACCUACCUGCACAGCAAGGGCAUCAUACAUCGCGACUUCCGGUCUCGAAAUCUUCUGUUGUCUGUGAACGGCCGGGUCAAGGUCAGCAACAUGGGCCUGGUGCGAGGCGGACGUGGAGCGCCGGGGGACUGUAACAUGGAGGCGGUGGCGCCGGAGGUGCUCAUGGGCGACCUGCACGACGAGCGGGCCGACAUCUUCGGGUUCGGGGUGGUGCUGUUCGAGCUCAUCACGCGACGCAACCCGCCGCCGCGCAGCAUCGGCACCAAGUUCGGGUUCGACACGGAGGACUUCACCAAGGAGCUCAACGACUCGCCCGGCUGCCCGCCGAUGCUGCGCGACCUGGUGCUCCAGUGCGUGGCCACGAACCCGAACAACCGGCCCAAGCCGAAGACCAUCCUCACGCUUCUCAAGGAGAUCAAGCUCGCCGAGCGACGCGACGCGCAGCAACAGAAGAUGAUGCAGCGCCAGCGACAGCAGCAGCUGCUGCAGAGCGAGAUCUCGGAGGAGGACGGCGAGGGGAGCGAAGGCGGCGGCGGGAGCAGCAGCGGCGGACCGAUCACUCCGCUGGGGAGCGCCCGGCGGGGCAGCGUGCUGGUGAUCUCGAGGAGCGACAGCGGCGCCUUCAACUCGAGUCCGCUCCUCAGCGCGCGGUCCAACGGCAGCGGCGGCGGCGGAAACGAGUACAUGUACCACCCCAUGCGCGAAGGGAGGGAGCGGGCCGCGAGCGAGCGGAACGUGCGACGAAACACGGACAGCGGCGGAGGGCGGGAGGGGAGCGGCAUCGGGCGGAGCGGGAGCGGCAUCUCGGAGUACACGGACAACGACGACGAGGCCGACGUCGGGUACUCGCGCGAAGAUGACGCCAUGCGGCGUCAGCGACUGAGCACCGAACGGAAGAAGCUGGACGACGGGCUCGGCGGCAGCGGCGGCGCUGACAGUCCCAGCGGACGGAGGAAGAACUCGGCGAGCAAGGAGGAGCGGCUGAUGAGCGACGUGUUCGGCGACAAGCCCCUUCGACGAAGCCGGCGGAACACGAAGAUCUUCGCCGAGGAGGAGGCGCUGGAGAGCAUCUUCGCGUCGAACCUCGGGCGGGAGAGCAACACGCGACCACGGAGCCAAACGCAGGAGAAGCGCGAAGAAGGCCCCAGGAAGCGUCGAGAAACCACCGACCCAGACAAGUGCCUGCUGAUGUAA